CGACUCCCCACGCUUCUCCCCCCCACUUCCCAUCCCCUCUCCUCUCCCUCUUCCUCCCCACCCGUACUGGACACUGAGCUCCACACUCCUCCCCCCAGCUCCCCCGCCGGUACCCGGUCCCGGGGCGGAUCUACGCGCCUGGCUCGAGGAACAGAGGUGCCAGAUGAGGUAGUUGGGGGCAGCCAAAGAAGCAAAGGUGGUUCUUGCUAUCCCACCUGCUGAACAUUCACCAGAUCGAUGCUAUCCAGUGAGCACCCUUCAGACGCCUCAUGCUCCUCCAAGUCUGUGCCCGGGGGUGUGGGUGCUCAUCCAGCCGCGUCGUCCCCGGCCUCCACCACCAACACGCCGUCUCCGGCACGGGAGGAAUCCCCAGAUCUUGUCCAACGGUGCCCCGCCUUCUCCAUAAGAGAUUAUGCUUUUGAUUCGAGGAGCAAAGGCAUCAAGAGAAGUUGGCCUUUCCGCCCACAGUCGCUGGAGCUUUGCUUAAAGCGCGGUGUUAAAGAUCUACUGCCUCCAUUUGAGCCUCCCGAUUUGCUCCGAUCAAAGUCUUUUUAUACUUGCACAGACUUUGAGCAAUCUGCUGCCUGCUCAGAAGCCGAUGCUUUUGUUGGUUUGGUAAAGAUUACAGAAGAUGUUUUGUCAAAUGUAAACACAACUGGUAUCAACUUCCAGUCAGGUCAAUUAGCAGAUGAGUCACUUGGUCCAUCUGAAUACACACCACCAGAGGAUAGGAAGACUGCUACUAACCGAGGUGGAAAUACAAAUGAACCAGGCCAUAGUAAUGAGGUUAUACAAGCAGACAAGGAAGAUAAUAUUUGCACCAAAGCAAUUCGGCAGAUAGAAGUUGCUCGACCCCCUUGUCGGUUGAAAAAUCUUGGCUCGUCAUGUGAGACUUCAGAAAAGAAGGGCAAGCUGCUAGUCAAAUCAGGAUCUAUGAAAAAUAUCCGCCAGACAAAAGAUGUAUUAUCUAACUCUAGCUCGGUUCUGGACCCAAAUGCUUCGAAAACCUGUCCUGUUUGCAGAGUGUUCUCUUCCACAUCAAAUACCACUUUGAACGCACACAUAGAUCAGUGUCUUUAUGCUGUGUCCAAUACUGAGCUAGUAGUAGAGACAGUUAGUGUGAAGCCAAAAGUGAAGCAGAUGAAGAAGCAAUUGAUGGUGGACAUUUACAAGACAGCCCUUCCGUACACACUUGAGGACCUUGAUAAGAGAAAUGGGACUAACUGGGCUGUUGAAUUGUCUGUGCCAACCGUGAACAAGGAGGUUUCCAAGAAGAACCGAAGCCCAAAAGUGGUACCAUCUGAAGCAAGAGACGCUGAACGAGAUCAAGAUGUUUAUGUUGAUUCAAAUGGCAUAAAGAUCAGGAUUUUAUCCAAGUCUAUUGGUGCACCUGUGGUGUUGAGGGAUGAUAUUAGUUUAAAGAAAGUUGCAAAGCACGAGACUGGAAAAAGUAUGAAUAAAAAGUUCAAGGUACAUGGAAAGAAGCGCAACAGACUAAACCAUUUGAAAUCCCAGGUUGGAGAUAUCCAUGAUGACACCUCCGAGGAGGAGCUGGCCAUGCAUACACGGAAACCUACUGAAAGCACCAGUUGCGGUGGUUCAGAAACUAUUAGGCGAUGGGUGUGCUCCAAACGCUCAGAUAUCACUAAGAGUUCUAGCACAAUGCUUAAUAGUAAAGCAUCAGAUGGUAUGAAACCUGUAAAGAAAUUGGCCAGGAGCUGCUUGCUUGGCUUUGAUGAUUCUCGAAUUACAGAAAGUUAUACUAAGGUGUUUUCUUCACGGUCAACAGAAGAGAUAGGCACCACUUCGGAAAUCAAUGAUGAUGAAUGUGGAAAUGGUUCUUCAAGAUUACUCGGAUCAAUUCCUAGAUGGUCAUCAGAAAAUCCUUCAUCCAGCAGUGCCUUUCCAAAAGUACCUAGAUCAGCUGCUACUCUUGCAAAAAGAAAAAUUAAGGAGAUUGGAAGAAGAGAAGCUUCUAAGUCUAGUAAGUAUGAUACAGUGAGGAGGAUUUCUACCAUGGCAAAAAGCUCUGAAGCUUGUCUUUCUGUCUCCAUUAAAGGACUGAGUAAUGAACCAAAGAGGACAACGUCUACAUCCAAGGUGUUAAGAAAGCAUAGAUCUCUAUUGAGGACUCGCAAACGUGAAUUUUCACCUUCUCUAAGUGGGCUAGUUCCUGGUUUCGGUCAAGAGCAUGAACUUGUUCACAGACAUCUAAACAAUAAAUUAAGUGUUACUAAUAAUGGCACCUUUAAGAAGCUUACAAAGCAUACACAAGAAGAUACCACAGAUGAGACUGAUGUUCCAGCAUUGAGGCAAGGGGAUGGUCAGUAUGAUAUGGCAAAACAAACAGCAAUUACACAUGCAACUCAAGUGCAAUGUACUUCAGUCUCCAGAAAUACUCAGGAGGACUGUUGCAGUGCAAUAUGUAGUGGUCCUUUGAGUCCUGAAAACAGCAAGACGGCAGGUGAAGUCUUGGCAAAAUGUGGUUUGUCAGUGGAGGAUCCGUGCUCUACUGAGCAAUCAACACAUCAUAAUCAUUCAUCGAAGAUCGUUGCCAUUAAUGCGAUGGAGGAAUGGCAAAUAGACCCAGCUUCAGCUAAAAAAUCUAGAAUCUGCUUCACUAGCAACCAGGACAUGGGUCUUGCAACUCCUCAGGAUAACUCGUCAGUAACGUCGACCAGAGAAGACUCUAACCAAGAUCAUGGUUUUUCGGCAUUUGACCGGGACUCAUCCAAUUCUCCCGUUUCGGUUGCCUCGACUAUAUCUUCUCCAAUAGCUCUGAAGGACUCAAGAAUUGAAGAGUCGGGACCAGGCCCAUCCGCCAUAAGUGUUAGGACAGUUGAAGAGAGCAUGUCUGGGAGCUCAAAUCAGGAAACGAAGACGAUGCCUCCUGCAAGAGAAGGUGAACAGUUGCCUAAUGAGAAACUGUACUGUUGCUCUUGUCGGGAGAGCAUCUCCAGGGAGCCUCAUUUAGACCAUGAAAGUUCAACUGCCAGAUCAGACACUUUUACUAGAAAACAGGUUCCACAGUUGCACAUUGGUUUGCGGACAUCAUCGUCUUUCAGCACAUACCAAAGAACAGAUACAAAGGCAGACCCUUGCUUAGAUACACAUGAUCGGCCAUUAACUGGCAAGGUUUCAACUGAAUCUGCCAUGAACUUCUAUGCGACAGAUUGUAUCAGACCAUCAGUACAAACUCCGCUUCCAUCACCGACAAGUCCUAUGCUGAGACUGAUGGGCAAGAACUUGAUGGUGAUGAACAGCCAGGAGAGUCGGCAUCCUCAAGCUCCAAGUUCAGACUACAUGCUGAGAGGGAAUUACAUGGCACCUGUUGGCUUCGUGCCUCCAAGCUACCAACAUAGUGAUUCAGCAUUUAUCGGCGGAACUCCAUCAGUAAGGAGUCAACAAAUUCCCUUUCAAAGUGUUCAACCUGGAAACUUUGUUCGGCCUCCAAUGCAUGGUGGUUUCAUGACGCAACCUAAUCAUCAUUCUCUGGAUAAACCAUACACAAACCUUGCUCCAGUCAUGCAUCACCCUAACUACAUGAUGAAAGAGGUUAUCAUGAUUUAUGAUAAUUCUCAAGAAUGCAGAAGUGAGCCUCAAGUCAGCAUGCUUGUUCCCACUGGAACCUAUCCAACAUCAGUCUCAGGUCUGAAUACUUCGGCGCCGAGGCCAUUUUACUGCCAUCCAUCACCAGUCCCAAUUUUGCCAAGGGAGAGCUUUAAUGGAUCCAUGCCUGUUUUCAGGAACACUAGCCCAAUGGUUGGUGUUAGUACAUUUAGUCAAAGAAAUCAAGUCAGAUAUAGCCAACCCUUACAUGUCACACCCUCUCGCGUCCAGACUCCAGAAGGUUACCUAAACCCGCCUGUCUAUUAUCCACAGGAUUUCCGGUGACAACUCAGUAACCCAAAUGAGCAAGAGAAUUCCAUUUGGCCUUUUGGUCAUCACCGCCAAAGUGGGGAAGUGAGAGCUUUGUGAUGGGUCUAAAAUACUGGGUUUUCGGAACCUGUCUAAGAUGUCCGACUCGCAACAGGAUUUUUUUUUUCAAAUAGAUUUGAUUUCUUUAAUUGUAUUUUCAGGUGAACAUGUUUUGCCUUUCAAAGUAAUUAAAUAAUGUUAUGCAUAGUUGCAGAAGGAGAUUAUAGUAUGGUAUUUUUCAAUGGUGAUAAUGCAUAUAUUUCACUAUUUAUCAAACAGAUCAAUAAUGAUAUACUUCCUGGCAAGUUUGUCUC